AUGGGUGUUCCUGACAAUCUCUACCUCACUAACACUCUUGGGCGUGGGCCUGGCUCGGAAGGUGGCAGCAACGGAACCGUCCGUUCGACUGGAGACGAUCCUGAGGGAAAGAAUGACGAACAUAAAGGGGUGAAGCGUCGUGCUGUACACCACGCUGGUGGGAAUGGAGCUGAGCCCGGGGAGAUCAUAACGAAAAACGACUCGAAGGCCACUGACUCUUGUGAAGGGGCAGUCAGUACUGCAGCGGCUAUGGCAACUCUUAGAGCGGCACGAGCCGCAGCACGUAUUCAUCGUACUGUGCGCCACGAGAUGGAGCCGAAGAUCAAGCCUGGAAUGCGGCUGGACACUUUUGUGGAGGAGUUGGAGAGUAGAGUGAACAUGCACGCUAAGUUCGAUCCCAAGCGACCACUUGAGCGUGGCUGGGGCUUUCCUACUGGCGUGUGCUUGAAUGAAGUUGCCGCUCACUUUACGCCCAACAACCCGGCCUUCUCCACAGCACCUCCGCCCCAGUCUAUCAUAUACACUGCUAAUGAUGUGCUCAAGGUCGACUUUGGAGUCCAUGUCGACGGCCAUAUAAUUGACUGCGCUUUCUCCGUUACCCAUAACCCUCUUUUGGUGCCUUUGCUAGAGACAGUAAAGGAAGCAACAUACGCAGGCAUACGCACGGCUGGAGUUGAUGUGCGGGUGUGUGAUGUGGGUGCUGCUGUCAGCGAAGUAGCGAUGGAGUGCUUCGUUUCGGCUCCUCCAUACGUGUUGAGGGCCAUCUACAACCUGUGUGGUCACUCUAUCGGCAACUACAAGAUUCACGAUGGUCUGGCCAUACCCCUAGUGGAUAACGGAGACCAGACUAAAAUGAAGGCUAACCAGCUCUACGCCGUGGAAACCUUUGGAGGUGCUGGUGGUGGAAUCACUGGUUAUGUCACUAGCAAAGGGGAGUCGAGCCAUUUCAUGCUGAGCCCUUACUACGAGCAGUUUAGCCGUCUUCUGUCGGCCAACGGCAAGAGGACUCUCUCCCACAUACUUAAGCGUUUCAGCACGAUGCCGUUCGCUGACCGGUGGCUGUCGGCGUUUGACUGCGGAAAUUUGAGAGAGCUCGUGCGGUAUAAUGUGGUGAUGGACUGUCCUCCGUUGGUGGACGCUGGUCCGGGAGGAUACAUAGCGCAGUUUGAGCACACCAUCAUGUGUGGGGAGAUGGGAACGGAGAUAAUAUCAAAAGGACCGGAUUAUUAG